AUGGGCUUCAGGGUCUGCCUGUCUCUGUCCUUGGUGCUGCAGUUAGAGACGCUCACCAUGUCCAGGUUUUCUUUGCCGGUUUGCAGUGUAAACAAUCCAAGCCAGUGUGAGGCAGAUGAGUUCCAAUAUGAGAAUCUCUGCUGCCAACUCUGUCCCGCUGGCACCUACCUCAGAGAGCAAUGCCAGAGAAAUCACGGUAAGAGUGACUGUCCCUCGUGUGACCCUGGACACUUCAUGACCCACAAUAACAGUAACACUCAGUGCUUUAGGUGCUCUCAGUGCCGGGAAGACCAAGAGGAGGUGGCCAGAUGCUCCCCAACGGCUGAUCGUGAGUGCCAGUGUAAACAGGGCACCUACUGUGACUCCGAAAACUGCGCAGAGAAGUGCUAUUCAUGCAGCAGUUGUCCUAAGGGCAAAGUCAUCCAGCAGUGCAAUGCCACAGUGGAUGCAGUGUGUGACACAUUCGAUUCGAAGCCAGGACUGUCAGGCUAUCAGUGUCCCUGCUUCUCUUGGCCUCUCAUUGUCGUAGUUGUCCUCAUUGUUGCUGUACUCGCCAUCACUGGCAUACUCAUCUGGUGUUUUUGUAAAAGAGGUGAGUGA